CUCAUGGCGUUAGUUCAUGGCAGAUUCCAUAGAAUCAUACUGCAUAUGCUGUCAGUGCCACUGUGUCAAGUUGUCUUGCCAAAAGUUAGAUGGGGAAAAGGGGAGGAGAAAUGCCUGAUCCAGAGUGACCCUGCCAAACCCCAAACCUUAAAUGUGCUUGGUACACCACAGAACAAGCUCUGAGAUGCUCAGUGAAGACGGGCAGAAGAUACAGUCUGCUUGGUCUACUUUAACAACUAUUUACAUUCAGAAGAUGCUGAUUGACUUUAACUAAUGACCUUGUAUUGAACCGCCUUUUUCGCCUGGGCUUCUUUUACAGAGAUUUAAAAUUAAGGCAGCACCUGUUGCUCUGAAUCUACAGCAAGGCCGCUGAAUAUAUACGAUUGAAAAGCAGAAAAUUGAGUUCUUUGCUCUGAAGCAGUUGUAGUCGAGAUGUCCACGGGUUCGGUGAGUGAUCCUGAAGAUCUCCAGGAGCUGUCAAUCGCUCACAUGGACACACGUUCUCUAGAAGACUCAGAAGAUGAGUUUAGUAUUGAUGACAGUCUGAAAGCAAAGACCAAACAACCCCGAGCUGCUGCCAACAACAACAUGCAACAAAUGAAGAGGGCGAAGGAUGGCAGACAGUCUCAGAGAAAUGCAGCUAACGCCAGAGAGAGGGCACGCAUGAGGGUUCUGAGUAAAGCGUUCUCGCGGCUGAAGACCAGCCUGCCGUGGGUACCGGCCGACACCAAACUGUCAAAGCUGGACACGCUGCGUCUGGCAUCCAGCUACAUUUCUCACCUCAGACAACUCUUGCAAGAGGACAGAUAUGAGAACAGCUUUGUGCAUCCUGUAAACUUGACCUGGCCUUUUGUGGUCUCGGCACGAUCAGAGGACACCAAAGACAUUUCAGCAGCGGUCAGACUAUGUGGAGCUACAGCAUAAACAUCUGGCACCUCUCUGUCUUUUAUCCCCCUCCAUCUCUCACUCUCUCUCUCACUCUCUCUCUCUCUCUUUUUACUGUCUGUACUCAUGCACUUCCUUUGAACUUACAUCAAUGGACAUUAUGCAUUGAAUGCAACUGCAUGUGGGACUUACAAGUAGUUAAACAGCAAAGUCAUUGCACACAAAUCUGUGCUUAUAUACAGUUUUGCCAGAUGUUUUUAUGCUCAUUUCUAGCAAACAAAAACAGAUAUUACUAUAUG